CCGUCGUCAUGGCCGCGGAGCUACGCUUUCAAGCCGGGUUUCGGGUCGCCCGGGGGCGCGCGUCACUGCUGCGAGAGUGGUCGAGGAGGGGAGGCGGCGCUCAGCUUACCUUUGGAUGGAAUCAUGUCGCCGGAGAGAGCAUCUCUGUGAUACACGAUAAAGCGUCUCCGAGGAAGACAGAAAUGGGUGGGCAGAUAACGCGAAAUGCAUUAUACGACUCCCUUGGUGGCCCUUUUCCAUCCACAUCCCACCGCUGUCACCAUAAACCCAAGAGAUGUCUGCCUAUCCAGUGUGGCAGUGUUGGUGGUCCCCUUCCUGUCAGCCCACUCCUCUUCCAUCCCAAUGCGAAGGGUUCCCAAAUUGUCAUGGACCUUUCCCAGAAGACGGUCAAGAGGCAGGCUAGUUUCUGCAAUGCCAUCACCUUCAGCAACAGGCCUAUAGCCCUGUAUGAGCAAGUCCGCCUCAAGAUCACUAAAAAACAGUGUUGCUGGAGUGGGGCUCUGCGUCUGGGGUUCACCUCUAAAGAUCCCUGCAGGAUAAACCCAGACAACCUGCCGAAGUACGCCUGCCCAGAUCUGGUGUCCCAAAGUGGCUUCUGGGCUAAGGCUCUCCCUGAAGAGUUCGCUAACAAGGGCAAUGUCAUCACCUUUUGGGUGGACAAGAAGGGCCGUGUUUUCUAUCGCAUAAACGAGUCCAGCCCCAUGCUGUUCUUCAGCGGAGUCCGAACAGCUGAACCCCUCUGGGCUCUAAUUGAUGUUUACGGUCUGACCCGGGAAGUGCAGCUGUUAGACAGUGAGAUUGUUCCUCCCGACGGCCUCCGCCCACGCUCUUUCACAACAGUGCGUUCCGCCUCCCUGCGCCGCGAGACGGACGACUCCCGUCUCUCCGUCAGCCUGUGCGAUCUCAAUCUCCAGCUGGACGACGGCGGGGCCUCCCGCGGUCUCUCCCACCGCCGCACGCUUCACCUGGCGUCCACCUCCUCCACCUGUCCCAUCCCCCAGAACUCCCUCAACUCGCAGCAGUCCUCUCUUUUGCCAUCGGCCCUGGAGAGCGACCUGCAUUUCCAUCAGCUGCGCGGCGCCCACAUUAAGACGUUGGACAAGCGGACCGUGGCCAGGUCGGAGCAUUCGCGCGAGGAGCGCACGCUGGUCUUUACCAACCGGCCCCUGCAGACCGGAGAGUGCGUGUUCAUCAAAGUCACCAAGUCCAGUCCGGCCCGCUCGGGCUCCCUGUCCUACGGUGUGACGUCCUGCGACCCGGCAGUGCUGCGCCCCAGUGACCUGCCGUAUAAUCCCGAGGCCCUGGUGGACAGGAAGGAAUUUUGGGCCGUGUGUCGAGUCCCUACGCCCCUCCAAAGCAGUGACAUCCUGGGCUUCCUGGUCAACCAAGAAGGGGAGGUCAUCCUCAGCCACAACGGCACCAGUGUCGGCAUGCAAGUGUGUGUGGACAACUCGCGCCCGCUCUGGAUGUUCUUCGGUCUACAUGGUGCCGUGACUCAGCUGAGAAUUCUGGGCUCCACUCACGUCGGAGAUCCACGGGCUGUGUCCAACCCCGGUUCGCCCUCCUCCUCGCCACAGACGCCCAGCGCCCUGGGCAGCUGCAGCUCAGAUCCCGUCCUCAAUGGAGGCCUGUGCUCUGCAGCCUACUACAGCUCAGCAGGAGGAACCAUCCCAGACUCUCCGGUCAGCCUCCCCAAGUCGCCCACUUUCCCGUCAGGCCGCGGACCCUGGUCCGACGAGUGCUCCAUCUGCUACGAGAACACGGUGGACACAGUCAUCUACGCCUGCGGACACAUGUGUCUCUGCUACGCCUGCGGCCUGAAGCUGAAGAAAAUGUCCAACGCCUGCUGUCCCAUCUGCAGGCGGCAGAUCAAAGACAUCAUCAAGACCUACCGGAGUACAUAACAGUGGACAGGGACGACGUACGGUCCAGAGAACUUCUGGUACCGUGCAGUGUCACUGAGAUUAGUCCCAUCAAGGGACGGCACAUGAAGACACAGAUUUGUGUCUUAUUUUGUCGAGCUGUGCUAAAAGACGCGGCGGGUGUUGUUGACUUUUUUGACACAAUGUCUCAGUAAUUCUUUCAGGACGCAGGGAAGUGUUCAGCCACCCGCAGAGUGUUAAUCGUCUCGCUUUCUGGAGAAGACGAGCGUGACUGAAGUCGGAGUGGGGGAGUGAUGGAACCUCGUUAUCGUCGUGGUCGUAACCAGUGGCGUUUGUAGAGACCGUUCCGACCGUAAGUAGGUGUGUAAGGCUCCUUGUGCUCGUGUGUGCUGAUACACCUUUUAUGGUAGAGUGUUACAUCAAAUGUACGGUGGAUAUGUUGUGCUAGCUCGCUCUGCAAUGUGGUAAAUGUUGCGCGUUGACAUCCGACAAUGAAAACAAAUCGGCGGACUCUGCAGUUCCCGGUUCACACAAACAGGGAGUCGAUUUCUCAGGGCCAAUAAUUAUUAUUUUUUGUCCUUUUUAAAGAUAUAGAAACUAUUUUCCCAAACUAGAGUCAUAUUUCACGUCUUAUGCACUGUGAGCAAUCCUGUCAACUUCACAGCGCCUAAUAAAAAAAUAAAAAUAGCUCUAGUGCAGUUUGCGCGAGGUCGGGAUUGUUGCCAUGGUUUCAGUUAGGACACAUCCUCCUGCCUUAAAAAAAUGUCUCACAAACAGCCUCGGUCUGUUAUAUUUCUAUACGGGAAAUUACCCCAAAAAAAUACUAUUGUGUGGCACACAUUGUCACAUUUGUUUCACUCAGAUGGGGGGAAAAGCACACAAAAUGUUUUAAAUGUAUUUUUGUAAAAAACGCAUUUUCCCAUUCAGGUUUUUCACCAGCAGAAAAGAUGCUUUAUAGAAAUAUUUGACUCAUACCGAUCUUGUGCUUUUGUGCGAAUUUCUCAUUCCGUCCUAUCUCUCAUCACUUGUACACUAUAUUGCCAAAAGUAUUUCGUCACCCAUUCAGAUGAUCAGAAUUAGGUGUCCUAUUCACUAAGCCCGGCCACAAAAUCCAGCACUUAGGCGUGGAGACUGUUUCUACCAAACAUUUGUGAUAGAACGGGCCGCUCUCAGGAUCUCAGUCAUAGGGUGCCACCUAUGCACCUAAUCCAGUCGAGAAAUUUCCUUGCUCCUAAAUAUCCCAAAGUCAACUGUUGGCUUUAUUACAAGAAAAUGGAAGAGAUUGGGAACAACAGCAACCCAGCCACGAAGUGGUAGGCCACGUAAACUAACCGAGACGGGUCAGCGGAUGCACAAGCGCAUGGUGCGAAGACUUUCAGUUGCUACAGAGCUCCAAACUUCCCGUGACCCUUCAAUUAACCCACAUACAGUACGCAGAGAGCUUCAUGCAAUGGGUUUCCAUGGCGGUGCAGCUGCAUCCAAGCCAUAAAUCACAGAGUCCAAUGCAAAGCGUUGGAUGCAGUGGUGUAAAGUACAUUGCCACUGGACUGUAGAGCAGAGGAGACGUGUCCAUCUGGCAAUCUGAUGGACCAGUCUGGGUUUGGAGGUUGCCAGGAGAACGCUACAUUUCGGACUGCAUUGUGCUGAGUGCGACAUUUGGUAGAGGAGGAAUUAUGGUGUGGGGUUGUGUUUCAGGAGUUGGGCUGCACGGCGAGAGAGGGGUUAAUAAAAAGAUUAUGUAGGUUCGCUCCAGGUACUCCGGCUUUCUCCCACCUCGAGAGUCAUGCACCUGGGGAUAGGUUGAUUGGCAACACCAAAUUGCCCCUGGUGUGUGAAUGUUGUCUAUCUGUGUAGGCCCUGUGAUGAGGUGGCGACUUGUCCAGAGUGUACCUGCCUUCCGCCCAAAUGCAGCCAAACGGAAUAAGUGGUAGAAAACUGAUGGAUGUAUGGGCUUGGCCCUUUAGUUCCAGUGGAAGGAACUUUGAAUGCUCCAGGAUACCAAAACAUUUUGGACAAUUCCAUGCUCCCAACCUUGCGGGAACAACAUGACUGUGCUUCAUUGCACAAAGCAAGGUCUAUAAAGACAUGGAUGACCGAAUCUGGUGUGGAUGAAUUUGACUGGCCUGCACAGAGUCCUGACCUAAACCCGAUAGAACACCUUUGGGCCGAAUUAGAACGGAGACCGAGAGCCAGUGUUUGACCUCACCAAUGCCCUUUAGGAAGAACGGUGGAAAAUUCCUCUAAACACACUCCGCAACCUUGUGGACAGCCUUCCCAGACAAGUUGAAAUUGUAAUAGCUGCAAAAGAUGGACUGAUAUCAUAAUGAAGCCUAUGGGUUAGGAAUUGGAUGGCACUUUUAAGUUCAUAUGUGAGUCAAGGCAGGUGGCAGGUACUUUUGGCAAUAUAGUGUAUACGAACAAUCCAAACUUAGAGCUUGAAUCAGGAAACAAACCUAAAAUAGACAUGUCAACACCCGUUUUUGUAUGCCAUGGACUACAUUAUUCCGUAGAUGAUAAACAAAACGGGGCUCCGAGCUUUGCUGCUAUUGUGUUUACCAGCCCAUGCUGACACACAUCAGUCCCUGGUUCUAACGAUGCUACAGCUAGGUGUUCCGUCACACUUGAUUGCUGAUUUCUGUAUUAUUUUUACUGACGAGCUUCAGCGGAAAAAAAAUAAUGUACCCGUUUUUUCUACAAUCGUUAGCACUGCUUUCCUAAUUCUUAACUGUGUUCUAGAUUUCAAAUGGUGCAAAGUAAUGACCUUGCAGCGGUGUAGUUGUCGGACGUGAACUGUUAGGUGUGCACAAUCGACGCUGCUUUUAGGGCGCCAUUCGCUCGAGGCCGCCCCAAUUCUGCUCACAUUAAGGGGGUAAAAAUGGGUUAGGGUUAAAGCUAGGACUGCCACUGAUUACCAUCCCCAAAUUGUUGUUCUUUUUGUGUCUCAAUACUUCCCUUUGUAGACUUUUGAGUGCAUUAGAUAAGUAUGACAAAACCGUGGUUUCCAUUUUCGAGCGCUGGGAAGUCAACAGCAUACUUUCCAACCCUCCCGAUUUUCCCGGGAAACUCCCGGGGCAACCACUCUCCCGAAUUUCCACCCGGACAACAAUAUUGGGGGCGUGCCAGGUUCCCUACAACCUGUCGUCACGUCCACUUUUCCUCCAUACAAAAAGCCUGCCGGCUCAGUCACAUUAAUAUAUGCGGCUUUUCUACACAAAUAAGUGAAUGCAGCGCAUACUUGGUCAACAGCCAUACAGGUCACACUGAGGGUGGCCGCAUAAAAAACUUUUAACACUGUUACAAAUAUGCGCCACACUUUGAACCCACACUAAACAAGAAUGACAAACCCAUUUCGGGAGAACAACUGCACCAUAACACAACAUAAAACACAACAGAACACAUACCCAGAACCCCUUGAAGCACUAACUCUUCCUGAGAGUCGCCGUAUAAACAACUUUAAAACUGUUACAAAUUUGCGCCACACUGUGAACCCACACCAAACCAGAAUGACAAACACAUUUUGGGAGAACAUUUGCACCGUAACACAACAGAACACAUACACAGAAACCCUUGCAGCACUAACUCUUCCGGUACACUAAAAUAUACACCCCCCCCCCCCCCUCCCCACAAACAUAAACACUAUAGAAGAAAUUCCCAAAAUUCCCUGCAGCACCAACUCUUCCGGGAUGCUACAAUAUAAACAUACACCAUCGGUGGAUCUGCACUUAACAUCCAUUGUAAUUAUACCAAGUACAGGAGCGUAUCUAGUCGAUACUAUGAUUACAUCGAUAUUUUUUAGCAUCAAAAAAUCUUUUGUUUUAAAAAAAAUGCAUAUUAUGUUUAUAAACUAGGGAAAUAUGUCCCUGGACACAUGAGGACUUUGAAUAUGAACAAUGUAUGAUACAGUAACUACUUGGUAUCAAUUUGAUACCCAAAUUUGUGGUGUCAUCUAAAACUAAUGUAAAGUAUCAAACAAGAGAAGAAUAAGUGAUUAUUACAUUUGAACAGAAGUGUAGAUAUAAAAUGUUAAAAGAGAAAGUAAGCAGAUAUUAACAGUAAAUGAACAAUUAGAUCAAUAAUCCAUUUUCUACCACUUGUCCUUAAAAAUGUUGACAAAAUAAUACAAUGUAAAAUCACACAAUAAGUAAAAUUGCAUAUGUCAUCAGCUAAAUUAGGAGCCUUUGUUUACUUACUAAUACAAGACAAGUUGUCUUGUAUGUUCAGUAUUUUAUUUAAGGACAAACUUGCAAUAAGAAACAUAUGUUUAAUGUACCCUAACAUUUUUUUGUUCAAAUAAAGCCAAUAUUGCCAUUUUUUGUGGACACCUUUAUUUAGAAAAGUACCCGAAAUUGUACUAGGACAACACUAAUAAAAACAAGUAUCAAAUUAUUAUAGUUGCAUAAUACUUACACAAAAGUACUUGUAUUAUAAAAUAUCCAUUCAACUCAAUUUACAUGAGAAUAAUACAUUAUUGUAGUAGCAUGUAAUAAGUAUGUAUAAAUUGUGCUGAAAUUUAAUAUAGGUGGAAGAAUUGUAUCGGGACCCCAACUGAUAAUCACACACUUUUACAAUAAAACACAGGGAAAAUAAAAUAUUGUGCAAUGUUUCCGCCGGAAUAUUUCUUAGUUAAGGUGGUGCGAAGGGGAAGGCAAUAUACGAUAUAUAUGUCGAUAUUUUUUUCCGUAAAGUAAAAACAAAACAUUCCUAGUUGCCUGAGAUACUGAGUAUGUCAUUAUUUUGACUUAGUAAAUAUUGACUUAUGAAUUUCCCACAGAAUAUUUGUUAGUUAAGGUGGUGGGAAGAGGAAGGCAAUAUACGAUAUACUGUAUAUGUCGAUAUUUUUUCCGUAAAGUAAAAACAAAACAGUCCUAGUUGCCUGAGAUACAGAGUAUGUCAUUAUUUUGACUUAGUAAAUAUUGACUUACAAAGACAAACUAAUGACUACAUCAAAUUAAACGUUUGUAAGUAAGCGUUUGCUUACUUACAGUAAGUCAAAUACAAAUAAGGCAAUAAGGAAAGUAUCCUACACUUGUGUAAAUUAAACUGAACAACCGGUAUGGGCAUCUACAUCAACUAUGUGAUUUGCCUGAGAAGCUAGAUAGGAAAAAAUAAAGACUUUUGUUGAGGCGGUGGCUCUUUGUUAUUAAGGCAGCCGCCUUAACAACAAAAUGCUGAUGUGUUAUCCCCCUGUUUUUGCGUAAGAUUGUUAGGUCAACAAAAUCAAAACUAACCAUUAAAAUCCUCAGGCUUUCUGCCCCCAAAGUCAAUGUGUAAACAAUUAAUAUAUACUGUAUAAUACAAAUAUCAAUAGACAAAACCCAGAAAAUUAACUUAUAGUAGAAUGGAAAAGCGCAUGCUGGUAUCAAGCCGAUACCAGUAGGACUCUUGGUAUCAAUAUUCGGAUAACAUGGACUUAACCAAGUUGAAAAAACUUAUUCGGGUGUUACCAUUUAGUGGUCAAUUGUACGGAAUAUGUGUACUGUGCAAUCUACUAAUAAAAGUUUCAAUCAAUUAAUCAAUCCACCCUGAGUAAAUACUGAAAAUGCCAGAACAGAAGGAAUCAAUUUGGGACAUAAUGUCAAACUCUUCACACUUAGGGACUAAAGUACACUUUGUACACAGUCCAGAGUACACACUGGAGUAUACAAACGGAAGUAUUGGAUUGGAGGCACAGUCUGUGUGAUUUAUCUGGGUAUAAACUGUUUCAAUAAGCACUUGGAGCUGUUGUAUUGUGUGAAAGUUAUCACGGUCUAUCUGAGAAAUCCGUCACUUUAUUCAGCAGCUGAUUGUAAACUCAGAAAUGUUUUUCCUCUGUGGCAUGUUUUAUUUUUUUCAAAUCCACUAUCUGACCAAAUACAGUUUUUGCCCGUUUGAAGUUAAUUAGUAAUAUUACCUUUGUGAGUAAUGAUUACAUUUAAUUUUAAGGCAUUGCGAAAUGUUCGUUUGUGUUGAUGCUGUUUUGGCGGAAAGGUUUGUAUGAUUUUUUUCUCAAUUUCUACUCGACUCAAAGGCUCCUUGAAUGUCACUGACCUUUUUCUUCUCUUCUUUUUUGUGUGCGUUUGCAGUCUUCUACUGUGCACUGUUACUGUAUGAAUCAUGCACAGCCUCGUGGUUAGCGAGUUGGCCUCAGUCAGGCAUAGGGUUGCCAACUCCCUUAAAUAUUAAUAAGGAGGAUUGUCUUAAACAAUUUGCCAUUUCCGGGUUGGGGAGUAGAUUUUGCCCCAAGUUGGAGCAGUUCCAAGUACCUCGGAGUCUUGUUCACGAGUGAGGGAAGAGUGGAUCUUGAGGUCGACAGGCGGAUCGGUGCGGCGUCUUCAAUAAUGCGGACUCUUUAUUGAUCUGUUGUGGUGAAAAAUGAGCUAAACCAGAAGGCAAAGCUCUCAAUUUACCGGUCGGUCUACGUUCCCAUCCUCACCCAUGGUCAUGAGCUUUGAGUUAUGGACAAGAUCACGGGUACAAAUGAGCUUCCUCUGCCGGGUGGCGCGUCUCUCCCUUAGAGAUAGGGGGAGAAGCUCUGUCAGCCAGGAGAAGCUCAAACUAUAGCUUCUGUUCCUCCACAUCGAGAGGAGCCAGAGGAGGUAGUUCGGGCCUCUGGUCAGGAUGCCACUCGAACGCCUCCCUAGGGAUCUGUUUCGCGUACGUCCGAUCGGUAGGAGGCCACGGGGAAGACCCAGGACACGUUGGGAAGAAUAUGUCUCCCGGCUGGUCUGGGAGCGCCUUGGGAUCACCCGGGAUGAGCUGGACGAACUGUCAUGAGAGAGGGAAGUCUGGGCUUUCCUGCUUAUGUGAAAGACCAACACAAAGUGGUAUACAAUGGUAAAGAUGAAGAAAAAUAUAUAUGUGUAUAUCUCGUUCAGGGUAUGUGCCUACCAUCUUUGCACAUCUAGUGACUGAAAUGUUUGCACAUUGUUCUUUGCAAAACAUUGCAAUCUCAGUCAGCAGUUUUUAGAUCUUGCCACAGAUUUUUGAAUGGAUUUAGGUCCAACAUAUGGCUUUGUUUUGUUUAAAACCUUCAUUGUUGUCCUGGCUUUACAUUUAGGGCCGUUGUCCUGCCGGAAGGUGAAGCUCCGCCCCAGUCUCAAGUCUUUGGCAGGCUCCAACUGGUUUUCUUCCAAGAUUGCCCUGUUUGGCUCCAUCUAUCCUCCCAUCAACCAUGUUUGCUGCCCCUGCUGAAGAGAACCAACCCCAGAUCAUGAUGCUGCCACCACCAUAUUUGACCGUGGGGAUAAUGUCUGUAGUUCUCUGCCACACAUAGUGUUUUACAAUUUGGCUGGUUUUCUGGCAAACCUCUCGUAGUUUUCUUUGAACAAUGGAUUUCUUUUCGCCACUUCCGUAAAGACCACAAUUGUGCAGUGCACGACCAAUAGUUGUCCCGGGGAUAGAUUCCCUCACCUGAGCUGUGAAUCUAUGCAGUUGGUCCACAGUCACCAUAGUCCUCUUGGUUGCAUCUCUGAUCAGUGAUCUCCUUGUUGGAACUGUAAGUUAGGUGGCCAGCCUUGUUUUGGUAGGUUUACAGUUGUGCCUUACUGUCAGGUUCAUCUAUUAAACAAGACAAGAAGCAAGGAAUUAAACAGAGACCGAAUUUGGCUCAAUUUGGCUCAAUUGAGGAGAGACGUCUAGACUGUACUCUUGUACAGUCUCACCACGCUCUGACGAAAGAUUGUACGCCUCCUCUUUUAUUUGGACUUUCCCUAAUUACAUGGCAACAGCUGUUUCUAAGGUAGGGCGUCAUAAUAGCCAGCACCUUUGGUUACAGAACAGUUCAAAGUAAAGGUCGUAAAACAGUUCACAGAAACGGUGCCUGGAGGGGAGUCUGGUCAUGCUUCCUCUCCGCUUUGUAGCUCUUGGGUCAAAACAAUAUAUUUCUGUUGAUUACAAUACAUCAAAGAAACAGAACACCCUCAUGUUGCUUCCCAUCCUACACAGUGGAGUUUUACAAUCCUUCUUCUUGGUAGGUUCAAAGACAAACUUGUCUUCUCGCCGGGAACUCAUCGAAACACAAAGUUUUGUGAUUACUUAGACACAAUUAUUCUAACACUUACUCUUUCCCUUUCUGGAUGAUAAAUUGGAACAGGGCUCAGACCUGUCUGAAAAGGGUGGAGUGCCAUCUCCGGGUUGGGGAGGAGACCCUGCCCCAAGUGGGGGUGUUCAAGUACCUAGGAGUCUUGUUCACGAGUGAGGGAAUAUUGGAUCCUGAGAUCGACAGGCGGAUCGGUGCGGCGUCUCAGUAAUGCGGAAACUGUAUCGAUCCAUUGUGGUAAAGGAGCUAAGCCAAAAGGCAAAGCUCUCAAUUUACCGGUCGAUCUACGUUCCCAUCCUCACCUAUGGUGAUGAGCAUUGGGUCAUGACCGAAAGGACAAGAUUAAGGGUACAAGCGGCCGAAAUUAGUUUCCUCCGCCGGGUGGCGGGGCUCUCCCUUAGAGACAGGGUGAGAAGCUCUGCCAUCCGAGGGGAGCGCAAAGUAACAUCAAGAAUAGCCAGAUGAGGUGGUUCAGGCAUCUGGUUAGGAUGCCACCCGAACGCCUCCUAGGGAGGUGUUUAGGGCACAUCCAAUCGGUAGGAGGCCACUGGGAAGACCCAGGACACGUUGGGAAGACUAUGUCUCCCGGCUGGCCUGGGAACGCCUUGCGAUCCCCAGGCGACCAGACCUCGGAUAAGCGGAAAAAGAUGAAUGGAUGGAUGGACUCUUUCCCUUUCUGGAUGAUGAAUUGGAACAGGGCCCUGACCUGUCUGGUGUGUUCCUUGGACUUAUCUAUGCUCUCCAAUCUUCUCUGUAUUCGUACUGAGAUGAGAUCCCACACAGGUGGACAGGUUUUAGUCAGUAGCAAUCGUCAGGCAACUUCUGAAGCAAUUGGUUGCACUCUGAGGAAAGGGGGCAGAAUAUUUUGACACACCUUACCUUAUCAGGUGUAAGUUUCUUUUAACUUCAUAAUUGUAUACCAACCUUUCGCAUACAAUUUCAAUAAAAUCUGAUGUUUAAGGUUGUAAUGUUACAAUGUGUAACAUGUUCAAGGGGGUGAAUACUUCUGCAAAUCGCUGUUUAUUAUUUGAAUCUAAGUUGGAAUCAGUAGAACUUUUCAGACAAUCACCUACUAAAUCUUCCAAAAUAAACAAAGCCUUUUGUACCAUUAGAGGUCACACUUCCUCUUGACCUCCGUCAUAGAAGGCAGAAAUCUGUACCAACUGGACACCAGCAGAAAGAUUUAUUGCCAUAUUUCACAUAAAGUGUCCUGUCAUUCAUUCGUUCCACUGAUAUCUUCCUAGGACUCGCACUUUUGUUUUUAAAUACGAAGACAUUCCGUUUUUUUAAAGGAUUGUUGGCAACCCUAAGUCAGAAGAUUGGAUCGUUUGCAUGGUUGGCUUUUCCCAUAAAAGCCUCCUUCGGACCAAAUGAUCCAUAGCUGAGAUUGACUGCUCACCAGUCCAGCCUCGUACCCAAAGUCUUCUGGGUCAGGCUGAAAACCAGAACUGAAUAUAGAGUUUGUGUCAUGCAUGACUGAAUAGUUUAGCUGAGGUGAAGAUCGGGACCAACUGUAGAGGAGCACGGGAAGUGUGUCACCUGUGCUCUUGUUUUGCCAUAGCAGGAUUAAGACGUACAAAGUAAACCUCCUUUUUGUUUGUUUUCAAACAUUGUAAGCUAUAUUUAGUGAGUCAGAUGAUUGUGGUAAAUAAACUUUCUAUAAGUGUUUCAAUGUGGAUUUAUUUUAUUCUGCGGAACAUAGGUGUCCUGGGACUUUUGAAAGUAUCACCAACAAAUAUAAAGAACUAGAAAAGUACUAAAGAGAGCGCAGACCUCAAAGUAGGGAAGAGAUUCUUCUGGCCCCAUUCCUGGGUGGAUUAUUUUGCAAUGCAGUCUGCUAAAAAUGAUGGAAAGCGCCACUCUACAAAGCAAAUGGAGUUGUGGUUAAAGUUGGAAUUGCAACAAAUAUAAGAUUUUCAACACUCUACUGCCAUCCAGUGGCUUAAGUGGAUGAUACACCUGGAUUAGUGAGGCCAUAUGAAUCCCUUUCCUACUCUACCUCAUAAUCUUUAAAAAAAAAAAAAAAAGUCCUGAAUCUAGACAAUGAUCUGGUGUCUGAAAUUUCUUGACUGGCUAACAAAAAUCCACCUGUUUUCCCUAUUGCGGAAUAAAGUAAACAGGAGUGAA